AUGACAAAUGUAUUCAAAAAGCAUCGCGACAAGCUCGCCGGAGCCUGGAGCCUGGUCUCAUGGGAGAUGUACGACGCAGAAGGACCUGAGAAGAAACUCGUCUCUCGUCCACACGGCGAUAAGCCUCUCGGUAAAGUGGUCAUCUCUCAAUCCGGAUAUCUCUGCGCUAUCCUGGUCAAACCGGCUAGCCUGACACCACUUCAAUCUGAUGACUGGAGCAAGGCCUCGGACGAAGAAGUCUUGCGCAUCGGACGGAAUCUAACUUCUUAUGCCGGGCCCAUGGAUCUUCAUGAAACGAAGGACGGAGGGUUGCUGUGGCACACGACUGUUGAGAUUGCCAACAAUCCAAAUUGGAUUGGAAAACUACAGACUAGGCGGGCCGAGUAUAGCGAGCAGGACGGAGUCGCAUAUAUGACCCUUCGACCAGUCAAGGCAUAUGUUCAUAAAGUUGGUCUCCUGCUCUCAUUUUGGCUUCCGCAUCAAUAG